CGUGCGCGUGAGCUCAUCUGAUGUUCGGAAAACGAAAGUUACGAGGAAGUCGCAACUCAACUCGCCUAUAAAAUUGCUCACAGAGGCGACCAUGCACAGUUUCGCGCCAGGGAGCUUCAGGUGAACACACGAAACCCCAUUCCAGGGCACAGCAGAUUUCUGAAACUGGACAAUCCAAGACCUUGGAAAUGUUUAGAGGACAAAAAGACCCCAUGAACAAGGAUAUCAGACAACGUUUUGGUGGAGGAAGAGGCGCACAUCGAGACGCACAGGACAGGAGCAGUAUAAAUUGGAGGGUUGGCUUUGGUCGACAAGAGGAGGCAGAUGGGAGAGGAGAAUAUAAUGCAGCACUUCAACGCAGUGAGGAGAAGGAUGGUGGGGAUAUGAGGUUAUGGGACGAAGUAAGGCACGGAUUGAAUCGGGGAGGGAACAGAGCAGCUGAUGGGAGAGGACGUCGAGGGGGUGGAGAGGGGCAAGCAAAUUGUCUGGGGUCCAAAGGACGAAGAGAUGCCACUGGUGACAGUCAGCGUUGUUCCACAAGCACAGACGUCAUGCCACAGGAUCCUCGAGAUGUCAGCCGGACAGGGCGUCAGACGGGGGGAGGUGGAGCAAGAGGAGUUGGCUCAGGUGAGAGUCAAAACGCAAAGAGUCAAGUUCCUCAAAGUACUGGUGAGAAAGACCAUGAAGGGAGCAGGAAACGGCAAGGACAACGUACAUGGAGUAAAGGAAGAAGAGAUGGCUCCGGUGAUACUCGUCGUGACGGAGGGAGCUCCACAAGCAGAAACGGCGCACCGCAGGGUCCCAGGCUGGGCUUUAAAUCCCUCCUGGAGCUUUCCGAAAAGGAGCCGUCAGCCAUCGCUUUCACCCUCUGCUCUCACCCAGCCCUGCCAGAUGUGCUGCUGGAGACCAACAUGCGGCAGGACCUUGUGGAACUCCUUUGCCUUGUGCUCAGCAAAGCCUUCAGAUCUCGCUCAAACCGAGUCACCCUGCAGCGCCUGGCUAGCAUCUUAAAAGACUCCGGCUUCUUUCGCACCACCCUCCCCCACUACCUGGCAGGCAUGAAGUUAGAGCGUAAACCACAGCGCAGGGAACAAUAUCCGCGUCACCUGGAAUACAUCCUGCUGAUUCUUACACAUGUCCUCACCACCUUCCCCGCGAGCUCGGCCGAAGCUGUCGGCUUGCUACUGACGCUGCUCCAAGCCUCCGUGGACGGACUGAGGACGGCAGGAGUUGAUGUGCCAGCUGAGGUGGUGGAGAAGGUGGCGCGACUUGAGGGUCUGCUCAAGCACCUCCAGGAGAAGUCUUGCGAAGGAACUCUCCACCCAAGGAGGGACACCUAUGGUCUCCUCCAGUUGGAUUUGACAGGUGACGAGGACGAGCAGCCACUUUUCAGGACCAUGCCCAUCUACCCAACUCCCGAGGAGUUUGUGGAGGACCACAGGCCUUUCCUCCGACCAAACAUCACUUCGCAGCGAUACACAAACACCCUCAUCUACCUGGACACACACUUCAGGCUCAUGAGGGAGGACUUGGUGCGGCGACUCCGUGAAGGGAUCCAGCUCUUGCGUCAUAUGCAAAUGGGGGCAAACCAUCCGGAGCUGGAGAAAAAGCACUUUGACGACGUCCUUGUGUAUUUUGAUGUGAAAGUGGAGGCGCCCAAGUGCAUGUUGACUGGUCUUGCCUAUGUUGUCAAGUUUGACGUCCAACCACUUAAGUUUGUGCGCUGGGAGAACUCCAAGAGAUUGCUCUAUGGUUCCUUGGUCUGCCUCUCCUGUGAUCAUUUUGAGAGCAUACUGUACGCCACCGUGGCAGACCGAGACCCCAAGAAGCUUACCAAGGGACAGGUCACAAUUAUGUUCACGGAUGACAGCAGAUACAAGCUGGCCAGGAUGGAGAAAGAGCAGACCUUUGUGAUGGUUGAGACACCUGCCUACUUUGAGGCCUACCGGUAUGUUCUGGAAGGCCUGCAAGAACAAGACGAGGAUGACAUGGCCUUUCAGAGGUAUAUCGUGGAGUGUAGCACUGACAUCCACCCGCCAGCAUACCUUCCAAGAAGCGACAUUUAUGACUUGUCAUCCAUUGCUGCAAAUGACUGCGCAAAGUCCAUCAGACCCUUUCACAGCCUGGAUGAAAUCGCCUGGCCCAAGAAGGAGAUGUUGAGCUUGGAUGGGUCCCAGAUGAGAGCCCUCCAACUGGCUCUCACCAAGGAGCUGGCCAUCAUACAAGGACCCCCCGGCACUGGAAAAACCCACGUUGGAUUAAAGAUAGCACAGGCUCUUCUGAAUAAUCAAAAUCUUUGGCGUGAUCCCGAAGAAAAUUCUCCAAUGCUGGUCGUGUGUUACACUAACCAUGCGUUGGAUCAGUUCCUUGAGGGGAUCUUUAAGUUUAUGCCCAGCGGCAUUGUGCGAGUGGGGGGCCGCAGCAAUAGUGAGAUCCUCAAGAGUUUCAACCUCAAAGAACUGGCUGCUUCAUUUUCGGUCAAACAGCGACAGCCGUCUUAUCUCCGCCACGCAUUCACAGAGAUACACUCAGAAUUGCGUGAUUUGGAGACUGGGAUAAAAAACUCCAAGCACACACUUCAUUGUUCUCUAACCGGUAUCCUGCAUGAGAAUAUCCUCGAAAACGUCAUGGAUGAAAAGCACUGGAAAAGACUGCAGCAACUACGUAACCUUGGGAUAUGGAACAGCAAGUCCAGUUUAAUAGUGGAGUGGUUAGGUUUGGGUCCCGAAUGCAUCCUGGAGAUGGAAACUGAGGACGCAAACACGGAUGAAGACGAGGUUGGAACAGAGUUGGAGCAGGAGGACGUCAUUGAAGUCGCAGAGGAGGCCGAUCUGAUCCAGGCCGAACGCAUAAUUGAGGACAACAUCGACACUGAAUGUGAUAGCAACGACGAGAGAGAAUGUCUCAGGGAGGCAAUGGGCUUCAGGAGAAUACAGAAAUCUAUACUGGCGAUGAGCAUGGAUCAGGACCCAAUAAAACCUGAGGAGACUGAGGAAGAAUGGAUGUUUCAACGGGAACAGAAGAAGAAGAUGAAGCGCAAAGUCGUGAAAGAGCUGGCCAAGAAAACUGCUAUGAGCGAAGCAGAGGAAAAAAGAAUCCUGGAUGUUUGGGCCCUCAGCAUGGCAGACCGAUGGAGACUCUAUCGUUUGUGGAUGGUACGCUACAGAGCUGACAUCCGUAACAAAGCGCGAAUCUCCGAAGAGGAAUACCAGCGGGCAGCGGACCGAUACGCUGAAAUCAAACGCGAUGAGACUCUCUCUAUUCUCAAGAGGGCCAAGGUCAUCGGUAUGACAACAACAGGUGCGGCCAAGUACCGCAAGGUCCUUCAGGAGGUUCGCCCGCGGUUGGUGAUUGUCGAAGAGGCGGCGGAGGUUCUCGAGGCCCACAUCAUCACCGCACUCAGUCAAGCAUGUCAGCACCUCAUUCUCAUUGGAGACCACCAGCAGCUACGCCCCAGUUCCACAGAAUUUGAUCUGGAGAAGAACUACGAAAUGGGGGUGUCCAUGUUCGAGAGGCUGGUCAAUAUGGGACUUCCCUUUGUCAGACUUCAGCAACAGCAUCGCAUGAGGCCAGAAAUCGCCCGCCUUCUGACGCCACACAUUUACAAAGAGCUGGAAAACCAUCCCUCUGUGUUGAACUUUGACAACAUUAAGGGUCUGAAAACCAACGUGUUCUUCGUGGCGCACAACCAACUUGAAAAACAGUUCAAGGAGGGCAAAAGCCAUCAAAACCAACACGAGGCCAUGUUUGUCGUUGCUCUGUGUCGUUAUCUUCUCCUUCAGGAGUACACACCAAAUCAGAUUACCAUCCUGACAACCUACACGGCCCAGCUCCAAUGCCUGCGCCGGCUCAUGCCGGCCAGCCAAUUUUCAGGCGUCAAAGUCUGUGUUGUGGACAAAUACCAAGGAGAGGAGAAUGACAUUGUCCUGUUGUCUUUAGUGCGCAGCAACAGGGAGUUGAAAGUCGGCUUUUUGAAUAUUUCCAAUCGCGUUUGCGUGGCCUUGUCUCGAGCCAAGAAAGGUCUCUACUGCAUUGGCAACAGUGAGAUGCUGGGCCAGGUAAAGCUGUGGAGCAACAUCUUCAGCACCUUGAGAGAGGGGGGUCAGAUCGGGGGGGCCUUGACUUUGUGCUGUCAGAAUCACCCGGAACGGCAGAUCCAAGCCGCUUGCGCCGACGAUUUCCUGCAGGCCCCCGAGGGAGGCUGCACCCAACCCUGUGAGUACCGUUUGGACUGCGGCCACGUGUGCGCGAGUGUCUGCCACCCCUACGACCAGGAGCACAAAAAGUACAAGUGCGUCAAAGACUGUAUGAGAAUUCUAUGCCAAUUGGGACACAAGUGCCCGCUUGUCUGCCAUGCAGAAUGUCCCGAAGAAUGUCCGGUCAGUGUUGAAAAGAUCAUCCCCAAGUGUCAGCACACACAGAUGGUUCCCUGUCACCAGGACCCAAACACCUUCACGUGCAAGAUGCCUUGCCAGAGGACACUGCAGUGUGGCCAUCGCUGCGCCACGUGGUGCGGGCUGCCAUGCGGCAGCGGCAAGUGCGCGGUCAACGUCACGUUCCGACUGCGAUGCGGCCACAGCCAGCUGGCCCCUUGCUUCUACCAAACAUGUGAAGAUGAGCCAACGUGCGCGACCCCAUGUGAGCAGCAGCUGAAAUGCGGACACGCCUGUCGCGGAACGUGCGGCCAGUGUUUCAACGGACGCUUCCACGCCCCCUGUUUUCAUCAGUGCGACCGUCUUCUCAUAUGUUCCCAUAAGUGCGCCGUUCCCUGCACCCGCGACUGCCCGCCCUGUCAGAAACCCUGUGAGAACCGCUGCGUCCACAGCAAGUGCAUGAAGACCUGCGGCGAGCCCUGCGUCCCUUGCCGCGAGCCUUGCGCUUCCGAGUGCCCUCACCAAAGCUGCAGCAAGUUGUGCCAUGAGCCGUGCGAUCGGCCGCCGUGUACCCAGCCCUGUGCCCGGACCCUGACUUGCGGCCACCCUUGCAUCGGCCUGUGUGGGGACACGUGUCCGAGCAAAUGUCGCGUCUGUCACGAAGACGAAGUCACGGAAAUUUUCUUUGGCAUGGAGGAUGACCCCGAUGCUCGUUUCAUCCAGCUGGAAGACUGCGGCCACCUCAUCGAACUCGCGUCCAUGGACACGUACAUGGCGAUGGAUGACGAGCAGCAGGCGAACGGAGAAGGGCGGGUGGCCAUCAAGCUGAAGGAAUGUCCCAAGUGUCGAACUCCGAUCCGCAAGAACCUACGUUAUGGAUCUCACAUCAACAGAAGUCUGGCAGCGAUAGAGAUGGUGAAGGAAAAGAUAAGUGGCAAUCAAGUUGACAUGAAAAAUCACAGUGCGGAGCUCAGCAUUCUGGUAGAGAGACUUUUUAUCGAAGGUGUGCUCGGCGAAGAGCAACACAUGCACAUGAAACGAAUCCUGACAAGCACACACAUCACGGCGAAUGAUAUCUGGGUCCUGGAAAACAAGCUGAACUUCCUGACAAGAAUUCAGAAACUCCUGGCGGCCGUAAAAGCCGAGACAUCCGUCGAAAUCAACAGAUUCAGGAUGACGAUAGACACCUUCCAAUUGUGGGUCGAUCACUUUCACCAGAAAUUCACUGAGCAGCAGCUCUUUGAUUUGCAAAGGGAAUUGCAGAGGCUCACGCUCUGGGCGGAAUUCAUCGCCCUUUUGAGCCAAGCGGUGAAACUCGGGAAGAGUCACCAAAUUGAUGUUGAGACCCAGAAAAUUGUGGAGGAGGCGUUGGGAAAGUGCGGCCAAUUCACCGAGCAAGACGAACAAAGAGGGAACGAGGCCUUGAAGGUGAUGAAGCAAAAGGUGCCCGUUACCGGUUUGGGGAUCAGCGACGACGAGCGCAAGAUGAUCGUUUCGGCCAUGAACGUACGCUCUGGACACUGGUAUCAGUGCCCCAACGGCCACGUCUACGUUAUCACUGAGUGCGGUGGGGCUAUGGAGGCUCGACGCUGCACCGAUUGCGACGCUACCAUCGGCGGCGACAGCCACAGACUGGCCAGCGGCAACACGGUCGCCACAGUGAUGGACGGAGCGCAACACCCUGCUUGGUCCGAAGCCAACAACCUCCUUAACUUCGGAAAUCUGAACCUAGACUAAGCCUCCUCCUCGUCAAAAUGACAGAGUCUGUCACAAUGCCAGGUUUUUGUUGAAACGGCCACUUUAGCCUGAAUACAUGAUACCAAGAAUUUGAAAAAUACGAUGAUAGGUUCGGAAAGGGACUGAGCCAAUCGCAGAGGGCCCACAUUGACGAACAACCAUUCGCGCUCAUCACCAUCACAAUUUAGAGUAAACAAUUAACCCUACGGUGCAUGUUUUUGGAAUGUCGGAGGACAAUGGAGUACCCGGGGAAAACACAGGAAAGCCGGAGCCGGAAUCGAACCCUGCACAUCUGCACUGUGAGGCAGACGUGCCAACCAGUCAACCACCGUCUUGUACGGGGACGUUUUUACCCCCUGUGUUCGCCUCACAGAGGUGCAGGGUUCCAUUCCGGCUGCGUCUUUCGUAUGGAGUUUGCGUGUUCUCCCCGUGCCUGCGCGGGUUUUCUUCGGGUAUUCCGGUUUCCUAACACGUUACAAAAACAUGCACGGUAGGCGAAUGGAAAACUAAAUUGUCCGAGGUGUGACUGUGAGUGUGAAUGUUUGUUUUGGUGUGCCCCGUGAUUGGCUGGCAACCAGUUGAGUGUGUACCCCCCUAGCUCGGAUCUGCUCCAGCAUACCCCAUGACCCUUGUGAGGAUAAGCGGCUGAGAUAAAGGAUGGAAUUUGUUUGGGAGGAUUUCAGAGGCCUUUGAAGUGCUUAUUCCAUGCUUGUUUGGUGUUUUUUUUUUUUUUGAAAAUUCCACUUUUGUUUCAAAUUACCACUUUCCUACAAGCGAUCUCAUUGUCACUUAGUGAUGUUUUAUGUCGAUAUGAUUAUGUUUUAAAUGGAUUUAUAUAUCGCAAUUAAGUCUUUAUUGCCACAACCUAUUGUGCAGCAAGCCGUGUCGCGCUCAUCAGCUAUUAACUUGCAAUCCUGCCAAUGGUGAUGCAGACCUUUUUCCGUAUCAUCUUGAGAGGUUUACCACCCUGCUUUCUGCCAUCUGUCAAGCCGUCUGUUAAUGAGUUGGUGGCUAACGCGAGCAACUCCUCCUGCUAACAUGACGCCAUGCAAGAAGCAGCAUCCUAGGGCAUGACAGAAGAAAAAGGAAAAAAAAAAAAAAAAGCUUUUUUCAGCAAAUACCGGUAAUUUUAGUUUUGUAUUUACUUGUGUGUGACUAAAUUGGCUCACUUUGAAUGUUGUACUGUUGUCUCCACUUAACCCCCACUGUUGUGAUUGUUUCUUGGCUACACCAGAAAUGUUCAUGGGUCAAUAUGACCCGCUGCAUGUUCACCAUAAAGCAAAUAAAAAGAAACCAAAAAUGUCAA